AACAUGGCCUCCUCACCCAGGACCGUGCUGAUUUCAGGCUGUUCAUCAGGAAUUGGCUUGGAGCUUGCUGUGCACCUGGCUCAUGACCCCAAACAGCGUUACCAGGUGGUGGCCACCAUGAGGGACUUGAGAAAGAAGGAGAUGCUGGAGGCAGCUGCUGGGGACGCUCUGGGAAAGACCCUCACAUUGGCCCAGCUGGAUGUGUGCAAUGAUGAGUCAGUGGCCCAGUGUCUCAGUGGCAUCCAAGGAGGGGAAGUGGACGUGCUGGUGAACAAUGCUGGCGUGGGCCUGGUGGGGCCCUUGGAGGGGCUCAGCAUAGACACCAUGAAGAACAUCUUUGACACCAAUUUUUUGGGAGCCAUCCGUCUGGUCAAAGCUGUUCUUCCGGGAAUGAAGAAGCGGCGACAGGGUCAUAUCGUGGUGGUCAGCAGCGUCAUGGGUCUGCAGGGUGUCAUAUUCAACGAGGUCUAUUCAGCCUCCAAGUUCGCCGUGGAGGGGUUCUUCGAGAGUCUGGCCAUCCAGCUGCUCCAGUUCAACAUCUUCAUCUCCCUGGUGGAGCCGGGCCCUGUGGUCACUGACUUCGAGGGGAAGCUCAUGGCUCAGGUCGCCACGGCCGAGUUUCCAGGCACCGACCCCGAAACCCUGAGCUACUUCAGGGACUUCUACCUCCCCGCCUCCAGGGAGCUCUUCCGCUCAGUGGGACAGAACCCAAAGGACGUGGCCCAGGCCAUUGCCAAGGUCAUCGGCUCCACKCGGCCCCCGCUGCGCAAGCAAACCAACCUCCGCUACCUGACGCUGGCGGCGCUCAAGGCCGUGGACCCCUCGGGCAGCCUGUACGUGAGAACCGCCCACAGCCUCCUCUUCCGCUGGCCGCGCCUGCUCCACCUUAGCCUCCGCUGCCUGGCCUGCGGCUGCCUCCCGGCCCGGGUGGAGCCCUGA